AUGAACACACCCCCAACAACAUGGCUGGUCUCACCCACCCCAUCAGGUCACGUGGUCUCACCCAGCCCAUCAGGUCACGUGGUCUCACCCAGCCCACCAGGUCACGUGGUCUCACCCAGCCCAUCAGGUCACGUGGUCUCACCCAGCCCACCAGGUCACGUGGUCUCACCCAGCUCAUCAGGUCACGUGGUCUCACCCAACCCAUCAGGUCACGUGGUCUCACCCAGCCCAUCAGGUCACGUGGUCUCACCCAGCCCACCAGGUCACGUGGUCUCACCCAACCCAUCAGGUCACGUGGUCUCACCCAGCCCAUCAGGUCACGUGGUCUCACCCAGCCCAUCAGGUCACGUGGUCUCACCCAGCCCAUCAGGUCACGUGGUCUCACCCAGCCCAUCAGGUCACGUGGUCUCACCCAGCCCAUCAGGUCACGUGGUCUCACCCAGCCCAUCAGGUCACGUGGUCUCACCCAGCCCACCAGGUCACGUGGUCUCACCCAGCUCAUCAGGUCACGUGGUCUCACCCAGCCCAUCAGGUCACGUGGUCUCACCCAGCCCAUCAGGUCACGUGGUCUCACCCAGCCCAUCAGGUCACGUGGUCUCACCCAACCCAUCAGGUCACGUGGUCUCACCCAGCCCAUCAGGUCACGUGGUCUCACCCAGCCCAUCAGGUCACGUGGUCUCACCCAACCCAUCAGGUCACGUGGUCUCACCCAGCCCAUCAGGUCACGUGGUCUCACCCAACCCAUCAGGUCACGUGGUCUCACCCACCCCAUCAGGUCACGUGGUCUCACCCAGCCCAUCAGGUCACGUGGUCUCACCCAGCUCAUCAGGUCACGUGGUCUCACCCAAACCAUCAGGUCACGUGGUCUCACCCAGCCCAUCAGGUCACGUGGUCUCACCCAACCCAUCGGGUCACGUGGUCUCACCCAACCCAUCAGGUCACGUGGUCUCACCCAGCCCAUCAGGUCACGUGGUCUCACCCAGCCCAUCAGGUCACGUGGUCUCACCCAGCUCAUCAGGUCACGUGGUCUCACCCAAACCAUCAGUUCAUGUGGCCCUAUAUUGA